AUGGCGACAGCUCAUGGGAUCACCACUCACCUACCAACAGGACCAGUGGCCGCUUCGGCGCCAAUCACUGCAGAUGAAGUACAGGAAUAUGAGCGCAUUCUGAGGAUCAGUGAUGAGAUUUUUGCGGGCUCUCACCCACGUCUCAAGGUCCCCCAGCAGUUUGUGCGCAAACCAGACACGCGGUAUGGCCAGAAUGGGCUUUCUACGCUGCAGGUAGCAAAAGACAAACCUCGAGGGCACUUAGCCGAUAGUGCGUCUUGGAUGGAUAUCACACAGUCUCCCAACAGUUUACAGGCUCCCCCACCGAUUGGCAAUGCGCCACCUACUACCUCCGCAAACACAGCGCCCUCAUCCACCCGCACGCCUCUCAAAACCACAUCAGAGAUUGAUCCCAUCUUUCUGGUCAAGUCAGAUGAUCUUGUUAGGGCCGAGAUCCAAUUGCAGCGACAGAGAGUGGAAAGGGCGUUGCGUGAUCAGUUGGAGCAAAGGAAGCAGGAGCUAAAACAGAAACCUGCCAUCCAAGACACUAAACCUGAUUUCAACGUAUCGGAGGUCUUAGAUAGGGCGCUGGAGAUCGUGCGACCGGUCUCGUUGAGUGACCCAUCUGAAGUGAAUGGGCCCAGCGAUUCCUUCGACGACAACUCCUUCUACUCUAGUAGAGCUCCUGAUUCGCCUCAGCCAGCUGGAGGAAACCAAAAAUCUUCUCCGCCGUCCCAGGUUCAAACCGUGGACCCGGGGGUGCGCGUACCGGUAGAUCAUUACGCAGAUGAAUUACAACGACUUGAAGCUCUGAACCGACCUGGGUCUGACCAGGAAAUGCGGGAGGCUUACCCUGUUGUUUAUGACCAGCAUGCCCUCUACUCUCAGAACCAGCAGCCACCACCCAUACCGAUGAAUACCGCCCAUCAGUCACAUGAGGCACAGCAGGCAGACGUUUUGGAAGAACCAGAAUACUCUCCACCAGCCCCAGUGGCCCCGCCUAUCGAUCUCAGAGAGUAUGAGCGCGACGUAGCGAUUGGUGACAGACGGGGUGGAUACAUCGAUCGAACCCAAGUGGUACCGCAGACUAUCUCGCCUGCAAACAACAUGAAGGUGGUUCAGAAUUCUAUCACUUCUCCGGCAGCUCCUCGACCGUCACGAGUCUCGCCCUUGGCAACUGCAAAGCUUCCCUCAGUUCAGCAGCCUCGAGAUCGACGCUUUGACCAGGCUCCUGGGCAAGUAUUUUCAGAUCCUGAUUCUACCCGUGGCAGUCCCAAUGCACCAGUGCCUCAUCUCACAUCUCGGAAAAGAAGGAAGCUGCACGAGACAGGGGACCAAAUCCAUUCCUCAUCUAAUAAAGGGCAGAAUGCUGACCUCCCUGAAACAUACAUUAAGGAGGAGCCAGUUUCUCCGCCACCCUUUGCUGAUGAUCCCGCUGUGAUCCGAGACCGUCAGCCUCAAGAACGACCGGUAUUUAUCGAUAUCGCAUCCCCCCAGUAUGCCAUUCCACUCGAGAGGCAUGAACACUCACGCCAACAACGACCCACGUAUGAAGUUGGUCAUUAUUCGAUGGUCCCUGUCGAUCAAACGCCGGUCCGCACAGUCUCUCGAUCAGCUAUUCGACGACCGGUUCGUGACGAUGGAGACUUACGACGAGUCGCCAGUAUGCAGUACGCCAGGCAGUCUGAGUAUCCCCGGGAGUACAUUGAAACCGAUCCUCGUGGAACGCGGGCCGCAUCGUACGCAGUUAUGGAGAGGCCGCUACAAGAGCGCCCCAGAUAUUAUGAAGAAGCUCCUUCCUAUGGCCCCCGCUACAUAGCUGUGGACGAUGCCCCCCAGCCUGUUUACCGGGAAUCAUAUUACGAGGACUUCCCCCCGGCGCGCGUUGCGCCUGCGUCUACACGCAGGUUCGUCGUUGAUGAGCAUGGCAAUCAUUUUGAAAUGGUUCCGGCACCCAGAAUGCCACCUAUGGCACCUCCCCCAAGACCGAUUUCUCGAGCACAACACAAACCUGAGUUGUAUGAUGACCGCGCUCCUAUUCGCACUGCCAGCGUUCGUGCCCCAUCUGUUGUGCAGGACCCGUAUGGUGAACGAAGAUACGUACAGGAGAUGCCUCCCCCACAGCCAGUAUACAGGCGUGUAGCUUCGGACUACGCUCGCCCUGUUACUGGCGAGAGAACAUACGCUGCUCCUCUGGAGGGCCAUGACCCAUACGCUCGCAGUGGCAGCGUCCAGGUCGCCGAAUAUGUUCCCCGUCACCCCGCAUACGUCGAGGAACGUGCAUAUGCUCCAGAGCGAGUCAUUCGCACAGCGAGUGUACGGCCCGCCCCUGCUCGGUAUGAAGAGCCCCCCGAAGUUGUCCAACGCGUCGGCAGCGUUCACCCCGGUGGACCUAGCCGCGAAGUGAGCGUAUAUCUAGAUGACAGACAAAUGGGGGAUUACAUUGAGCGGCCGUAUUACGUCCGCGAGCGACGAUAUUACGAAGGCGAUGAAGGAAAUCGCAUGGCGUUGGAAGGUCCGGGCGAGUCGGCUCCGCGCGCUCCCCAGCAACACUACUAA